AUGUUCGCCUCCAUUCAGAAGCUCGCUACUUUGGCUCUCUUUUUCGGGCUCUCUAUCGCUGCACCGGCGCCCGCCCCAGCUUCUGAUGCUAUACCCCAAGUUUCUACCGAAGCUUUGGUGGCCUUCGGCCUUACUGAGGACAUGGUCACCGCCGCCAACAUCACCAGCCGCGAUAUUCUCGAGGCUCGUACCGUCCUCGCAACCCGCGUUGCUUCGUGCACACCACCACAUGCGCCCCACGACGCCACUUACGGCGCCUGUGUUCUUCCUUUAGUCGAGCCGGCCCGCCAGGGGAAUACGAUUUACAUGCUAAUUCUAGCAGAAUACUUGAGCGGCAAAAUGGCUUGCCCCACGGAUGGUAUUUGGGGCGGGGCUGCGCGUCCAGUCAUCCAGAUCACCGCUCAUCGCUGUGGGGGUCCAGGCCCAGAGUAUGUUGAUCAGGGACCGCAAGGGUGGUCUAUUGACAGUUCUUUCAACGAGAAACCUUGUCUUCCGGGUAACAAAUGCUAUUAG